AUGUGGGGUGAUGAUGGUGAUGACAACGGAGGCCGUUUUGCGUCUCGUCCUUACUCGGGAGAUGACCUUGGGAGGGGUAGACGAAGAGAAUUUCGAAGGGAUGGGACCAGAGGACAAGGAAGAGGAGCUGCAACGUGUCGAGACAACGUUAUAUGGAGAAGACAGAAGAGGGAAGGAAGUCAUGAUAGAGGAGACCCCAUGAUGGCUAAAAGAUUUAGGGGAGAAAACCUCCAAAGACGAGGAAGUGACACAGAAGUUGAGAGAAAAGGGGGGAAUGAUGGAGAUAGGGGAGCUCAAAGGGAAGUUAGAGACGAGAGAGACGGUACCAGAGGAGGCCCAUUCCGCCAGCGCUACAACAGGCAACACGACGGACAGCGAGGCGCUCGGGCUAGAGGCCGCUGCCAAAGAGGGGACCACGUGGAUCAGAACGCAGCUAGAUCUAGAAGAGAGGACUAUCGGACACAGGAAAAUAAUAGAUAUGGACAGACCCAAGGAAGAUACCGUAAGAACCAAGGUAACUUCGGACCACUAAGUUCCAGACUGCUCAUCGAAAUACUUGAGAAAGACCCUUCUGAGGCCGCUACAGAACUUGGGUCCCUGAAAGGAAACCUUCAAGCCGGUCUCAAUGAAGACUCGAUGGAUGAGGUACGACAACAUCUCUUUUGGGAUGCUCUAGCAUUUAUGUGCGGAGCUCUAGGUGCAGAACAAACAGUGAUCAUGCUGCUGACAAUGACCAUGGAUUCCAAACUCUGUCGUCAGCAUUUACUCACGUUUUUGACCAAAGUCAGGCGUCCAGAAGAGAAAAUCGACGAAAGGCGGUUAAACCUUUUGAAGAAUGUCACCAUUGUCUUCCUCUCAGCCAUGCAAAGUUUACCAAGCCGUGCUUCAGAUCUCAAAGUUGCUGUUACUCUCAUGUCCGAUGCUGUAUCAGACAUGGAUAAAGACGACAAACGUGAUGACAUCAUGAAGUCAAUUAAGUCUGUGAGUAAUCACAUUGAGGACAUUGAAAAAGAAAGGGAUACAAAAAGACAGAUGGACCGCAUUUCUAAGAACCCACCCCCUGACGACUUCCGCCAGCAAGACAUUCUUCCCACUGUCAAGGAAUUGCAACCCGGAUAUCAGCCGUUUCUCCGCCCUCAUCUGACUAGGGGUGUAUAUGCCGAUGCAGAUCACUACCUGGAUGUUCAGUUCAGACUCCUGAAGGAAGACUUCAGCUAUCCUCUUCGCAAUGGGAUAUCAGAGUACUUAACUUUUAAGAAGGCCAACCCUGACAGAAGGGCCAAACUUCAGGAUGUCCGAAUCUACGAGGAAGCUCACUACAUAAAAUCUGUCCUUGAUUUCUCCGGAAUUUCACAUUACAUGGCUUUCAAGAAGUUACCCCAUGUCCGAUGGCAUUCGACAAAACGACUCAUGUACGGAUCAUUGCUCAUCCUAUCAACGGAUGAUUUCAAGUCUUUCAUAUUUGCUACAGUGGCCAAUCGGGACGUAGAAGAUCUAGAAAAGGGAAUGGUAGCCAUAGCAUUGGUCGACCGAGAAGAUGAAGAUGAAUCAUGUCUACUGAAUAAAAGUUUUGUGAUUGCAGAGUCAUCUGUCUUCUUUGAAGCUUAUCGCCCAGUUCUCCUGGGUCUCCAGCGAAUGUCUGGUCCAUGCUUGCCGUUUUCCCAAUACACUUUGAGCAUGUGUCAUGAUGUAAAGCCACCCAGGUAUCUCCAAGAUCGGACGGUAACUGAAGACGGUGAAAUGUUCAUCAAUUCAUGUAGUAUCGAUAUCUCACCUUUGCUGAAAGACAUAGAAGGAUGCUCUCCAACAAUUGACGUGCUUGACGAUGGUGCUUGGCCCGAUAUCGACGAUGUACAGCUCGACCAAUCACAAUAUGAAGCUGCCAAGACAGCUCUCACCAAAGAACUCUCUGUCAUACAGGGUCCACCAGGUACCGGCAAGACGCACAUAGGUCUGAAGAUCAUAGAGACUCUUCUCCUUAACAGAGAAGUCUGGUCAAGUAAAGAAAACCCAAGCCCUAUCUUACUCGUGUGCUACACAAAUCAUGCGCUAGAUCAGUUUCUGGAGGGGAUCUUAACAUUCCAUCCCACUGGCAUCGUACGAGUUGGAAGCCGUAGCAAGAGUGAGAAGUUGCAGUCCUUCAACCUUAAUCGGAUGGUUGGUCGGUGGGGAAUACACGAUGAAGAGUACGUUCAACGAAGGAUUCGUCAUGUCAAGAAAGAAGUUGGCGCCGCAAAAAGGCGUGUGGAGAGAACGCAAGCCAGGAUAGAGGGUGCAAGAAAUGGGAUCAUCAGCGAGUACGAACUAGACCCUUUCAUGUCACGGCAGCAUUACAACAGCCUCCUGCGUUUUUCCCAUUUGAAACAGUUAAACUCCUGGCUCGUAGAGUGGCUUCUCUGUGAAUGUCAAUAUGACAGGGAUUGGAACCAGAAAGCAAAACAGGAUACACUAGAACAGAGAAAUAAUCAGCAAGAAGAAGAGAGUGGAAAAAUCACAAAGCAUUAUCCUGUGGCAAACAGAGCAACAGUCGAGGUAGAAUAUGAACGAAGUGCCAUCGAGUCUGACAGAAUGUUUGAUGACGAAUAUGGUGAGGAAGGUUCUGAUGAAGAGGAAAACGAAGGCUACCCUUUCCUUGGCCUUAACUUAGAUGAUCUGAACAAAGCAGAGGACGGUAACUUGCGGAGGUUCGUCCAAAGGAAGAUGUCUGGCAAAGAUGUCAUCGAUCCACGUGCUCUUCAAUUAAUGGAUGUCUGGAGUAUGCGUCCAAAUGAUCGAUGGGCACUUUACCAUGUUUGGUUGCACAACUAUCUGCAACAGUUGAAAGGGAAACUUCCAGCAAAUGUGCUUAAAUUCAAGCAACUUUGUGGUCAGUUAGAUGAAGCAAAACACGUACAGAAAUACCAAGUCCUUCGACAGGCAACUAUAAUCGGUAUGACUACAACUGGAGCAGCCAAUCACCAGAAGGUUUUGCAUAGAGUCCGCCCAAAGAUCGUAGUAGUAGAGGAAGCAGCUGAGGUCCUGGAGGCACACAUCAUCACGGCAUUAAAUGCAUCAUGUCAACAGCUCAUUCUCAUCGGUGAUCAUCAACAACUUCGACCGAAACCGAACGUGUACUACCUGGCCAAGAAGUAUCAUCUGGACGUUUCAUUGUUUGAAAGACUAAUCAAAAAUGAAUUUCCUUACUCAAAACUUAAGCUGCAAUAUCGGAUGCGUAUCGAGCUGUCGGAUCUGAUGAGAAGGAACUUCUACGACAGCCUUCAUGAUCAUGACACGGUGAAGCGAUACGAAAGUGUGAAAGCAGUUAAAAACGAUAUCUUCUUUCUAGAUCACGCGGAACCAGAAGAUGACAUGGAAGAUACUCAGAGCCACUACAAUCUCCAUGAGGCCAGACUCGUAGUAGCGUUGUGUUACUACUUCCUGCAGCAGGGGUAUGAACCUGAUAAGGUUACAAUCCUCACAGCUUAUACAGGUCAGCUACUGAAAAUCAAGCAGAUGAUGGAUCGUAGCCAGUUUGAGGGAGUCAACGUUAAUUCAAUAGACAACUACCAAGGAGAAGAGAAUGAUAUCAUUAUUCUGUCCUAUGUGAGGAGCAACAGUCAUGGUCAAAUUGGAUUCUUGGGGAUUUCGAACCGAGUCUGUGUCUCCUUGUCAAGAGCGAAGAUAGGGCUCUACUGCGUUGGAAACUUCACCCUCUUUGCAGAAAAGAGUGAGCUAUGGAAGGGCAUAGUAAAAGAUCUAGAAGCAAUGCGAUCUAUCGGAGAUUCCCUUACGCUGCAAUGCACCAAUCAUCCAGAAGAGGGGACAGCGGUGAAAACUGACGAUGACUUCAAGAAGGUACCAUUAGGAGGAUGUAGUAGAGACUGUGAUACCAUGCUUGACUGUGGACACGCUUGUCGAUUAAAGUGUCACCCAACGGAUCUAAAGCAUCUCAUCUACAAGUGCAAGGAUCCUUGCUCCAAGCUGAAGAAGGGCCCGUGCGAGGACUGCGACUUAGAGAAGGCUGAGCAGGAGAGAGCCCGCUCAGAGACUUCUGCCUGGUCAGCGAGAAGACGUAAAAUAAAGAACACACCUUGGAGGAUAGAACAUGGGAGAGGUGGACAUCGGGUCGGCUACCAAGGUGGCAAAGAAAGAGGGGGGCGAGGAGAUGACAGGGCAGGAUGGAGGAGAGACAGGGACGAAGGCGGAGGACGUCGAGAUAGGAGAGUGGAAGAAACAGGAAGAUGGAGAGACGGAAGGGAUGCCAAAGCAGGUGACUGUGGAGCGGGGGGAUGGAGAAGGGAUAAGGAGGAAGACGGAAAAGAUCCCCAUCGGAGAAGAGGCGAACAGGGAGCAAGGGAAGGAGGAAUAGGCAACCGCCCCAGAGGAGAAGAACAGGAACAUGACGAUGCUGGAGCUCAGGGAAAUGGGAAUCGACGCGGCGAACCUCACCACAACCAAGCAAGGGGCCCUCGUGUGGUUCGUCCUCUAGGCUAUAAAACACUGGAACAGCUCCUUUCAAAAGACCCCGACGACGCAGUACAAGAGUUAGGUUCUCUCAAGCAAGGUCUGGGCAAGCUUCUAGAAAUGACGGAUAUACGCUAUGACCUGAUCUCGCUAUUGUUUCAGGUUUUUCACCAUGUCUGCCAGGCGCAGGUGUCUAAUGAAACUAUCAACAUGCUGUUAGGUAUGCUCGGAAGGAACCACUUCAUCAGCAGGCAUCUCACCCUCCAUCUCAUUGCGAUGAGGACCGAGAGAAGCGACACAAGACUGCGGGUUAUGCCUAGAUGCAUUCAUGACAUCGCAAAUGUCCUGUCACAGCUACAGCAACGCCUUCCAAGGUACUUGACAGAUGUUGAAGUUGCUGCGACACUCCUAAAAGAUGCUGUCAGAUACGCAGAGAAAAGAAAAAUACUUGUCAAUGAGACAAUUCAAGAAGAGGUACGCCAACUUGUGAAAUUUCAUGAGACAAUCCAACAGGAAAUGCUGAAGAAGCCUUAUGCGGACAUCGAACCCACACCACCUCCUCCAGAUAAUUUCCGUGAGCAUAGUGUGUUUCCAAACUCCAAUGAACUGACAGAUUCCUUUCGUCCUUACCUUCGAGCAAACAUUAAAAAGGGAAAGUAUGAAAGUGUCGAACAUUAUCUUGACGUCCAAUUUCGACUUCUUCGAGAAGACUUUGUCCGCCCACUUAGAAAAGGCAUUAGUGAAUAUAUAUCAACAGCUCGACCAGGAAAGCACGACAAACGCUACGAAGACGUUCGUAUAUAUUAUGAUGUAACACUGGAUGAACCACUGUACUCACAAAGUGGAGUUACUUUCAGGAUUCACUUCGAUGAGUCUAAACUCAAAGGCGUUCGUUGGCAAUCGUCGAAGCGACUGAUCUAUGGUUCACUCGUCAUCUUGUCACCUGAUGAUUUCAAGACCCUCGUCUUCGGCACAGUUGCAAACCGAAAGCUUGAUGAUUUGGCCAAAGGCUUCAUUGAAAUCAAGCUCGAGAGGGACGAAGAAAUUGCAGAGAUCUUCACUGAAAAGACAUUCAUCAUGGCAGAGUCUUCAGCAUACUUCGAAGCUUACCGACAUGUCCUGAGCCGCAUACAACAUGUCACUGAGCAAUCAAUGCCCCUAGCUGACUACAUCAUCUCUGCUUCACCAAAUAUUCGUCCACCUGCCUACAUCCGGAACGAUCGCUCCGUUGAAUAUGACCUAUCACCCAUCGUCUCUGGUGAUGUUCCAAACGCAAAGCAAACUGCAAUGCGUAUAAAGACCGUGAGAAUUCUCGAUGAUCGUGAAUGGACGAGACUAGGGAACACUGGUCUUGACGAGUCCCAGCUUAGCGCCGUGAAAGCAGCACUUACUCAAGAGAUGACGGUCAUACAAGGCCCACCUGGCACUGGAAAAACCUACAUCGGGUUGAAGAUAGUUCACACUCUUCUCGAAAACAAGCGCAUUUGGAAAGAAGCUCAAGUUCUAGGACUGGCCGGACACGCAGACCGUUCAAACAAACCAAUCCUACUCGUCUGCUAUACAAACCAUGCUUUAGAUCAGUUUCUGGAAGGAGUUGCAGAUUAUAACAGUGAAGGUAUCGUGAGAGUUGGUGGCCGAAUUUCUAGCGAGGUUCUGAAGCGGUUCAACCUCAAUUCACUCAGGAGCUCAAAGCUUCGAGAAGAGACACCUCGACACGUGAGACGUAGAAUUGGGGAGGUUCAUGGAGAAAUCGAAAGUCUUGGGAGAGAAGUCAAAGGCCUUCAGAACAAGCUUAACCAUACGAAGAAGGGCCUACUUCAUGAAAGAGUACUUAUGAAGCACAUGACUGACGCACAAGAAACCAGCCUUAACCAAGGAAACAUCUUUGAAGAAGGUGGCAAAUCAUUCCUUGUCCAUUGGCUCCUCGGUGAUAUUCAGAUGACAUUUCCAUCUGAGGAGCUUGAUGUACCUGAAGAUAACGAACCACCAAAUGAAGAAGAAAAAAACGAAGGAGAAGGAGAGCUCAAUAUCUUAGAGGAGGCGGAUGUUCUUGACGAGAUAAGACGCCUGGACGUUGACUACACACGAGAUAGACUAUUCACAGGCGAUGCGAAUGCUAAUUCCGAUGAUGACACUUUGGCUUUUCGACUUGACGAUCUUGACAACUUGGAUGUCGGAGGGUGGCACCAAGACAAACGGGAGCUCAGCAAUAGGAAGCACAACUUGGAAAGAAAGCUCAGGAGUAAUGAAAGAAUGUCCGACAAAGAGGCAAACACCGUUAGGGACGUCUGGGGUCUUGGAGAAGAUAAGCGAUGGAGAUUAUACAGAUAUUGGGCUCAUUUACAUCGCCAGGAGUCUCAUCGUCAGCUCGUGGAUAUGCAACGGCAAUUCACAAAUGUUUGUCAGGAGCUACGCGAGGCACGCAGUCAAGAAGAUUUUGAGAUCCUCAAAAAUGCCUCGGUCGUUGGAAUGACAACGACUGGAGCUGCAAAGUUCCAUAUGCUACUUCAGAGAAUCCAGCCGAGAAUUGUGGUGGUCGAGGAAGCUGCAGAGGUCUUAGAAGCCCAUAUUGUGACUGCAUUGACUGAGUCAUGUCAACAUCUGAUAUUGAUCGGAGAUCACCAACAACUUCGGCCAAGUCCUACGGUCUUCAAAUUAGCUACGCAGUAUAACCUGGACAUAUCUCUGUUUGAACGUAUGAUCAACAAUGGGGUUCCUCAUCAGCGCUUGAUCAUACAGCAUAGGAUGAGGCCUGAAAUUUCUCGACUCAUGAGGAUGGAAAGAUUGUACCCAUAUCUCCAAGAUGAUGACUCUGUGAGGGUGUUUGAUGAUAUCCAUGGGGUUAUGAAGAACAUCUUCUUCAUUCAUCAUGAAAUAGCAGAAGACUUUGUGGAUGAAAUUAAGAGUCACUCCAACAUUCACGAGGCCAAGUUCUUGGUAGGACUUUGUAGGUACUUCUUGCAGCAGGGCUACCUUCCAGAGCAGAUCACCAUCUUGACUACCUAUUCCGGUCAACUCUUUGCCUUCAAGAGUAGGAUGAAAAAGAGUGACUUUGAAGGUGUCCGAGUUGCAACAGUUGAUAACUUCCAGGGAGAGGAAAACGACAUAAUUCUACUCUCUCUCGUUCGCAGCAACAAGGAGGGAAGUAUUGGUUUCUUAAAGAUCGACAACAGAAUCUGCGUAGCGCUCUCGAGAGCAAAAAAGGGUCUCUACUGCAUCGGAAAUUUCAAACUACUCGCACAACAAAACCCAAGUGGGCCAAACUUGUGGAGGGAAAUCGUGAAGGACGCUAACAUCUAUGGUACCAUCGGAAAAUCCCUUGUGCUUCAGUGCAGAAAUCACAUUGGGACACAAAAUGAGGUAUCAAGUGAGGCGGAUUUCUCAAAAGUCCCAGAAGGAGGUUGUUCCUUACCAUGUGAGGCACGUCUUACAUGUGGUCAUGUUUGCCGAAUGCCAUGCCACACUACUGACAUGAAACAUGAGAACCACAAGUGCCGUCAAAAGUGUACUCGGACAAUUUGCCCCUUAGGUCAUCGAUGCAUGAAACAGUGCUACCAGCCUUGUGACACGCAGUGCAAAAAAUCUGUCGAUAAGACACUGCCUUGUGGUCACCUUCAGAAAGUGCCUUGCUACAACAGCAGCUCAGAAGUAAUUUGUGAAUCUCCAUGCAGCAGGAGACUGGAUUGCGGGCAUGAAUGCAAGGAGCCCUGUGGAAAGAGCUGUACAAUGUUUUGCGAAGAAAGAAUUCGUCGAUCUGACUUUCCUUGUGGCCAUAAUGUCCUCGUCAAAUGCUCUGCUGGCCCCGAGUCCUGUUCGGAACCAUGUGAUAAGAUUCUGAGCUGUGAACAUCCAUGCAAGGGCUCAUGCGGCAAGUGCCACCAAGGACGUCUUCAUGCAUUCUGCCGAGAAAAAUGUGGUCGUACACUCAUCUGUGGUCACCCUUGCCGGUCGACAUGUGCUGCGGAUUGUCCACCGUGCUCAAGGAAGUGCGAGAACAGAUGUCAACAUAGCAAAUGCAAGAAAAAUUGUGGAGAACCUUGUGUCCCGUGUGCAGAGAGGUGCAUCUGGCGAUGUCAACAUUUUCGCUGUGGGGCACAAUGUGGAAAACCAUGCGACAGACGUGCUUGUAAUGACCCUUGUACACUCCUGCUGAAGUGUGGUCACCCUUGCAUCGGACUCUGUGGUGAACCAUGCCCCAAGAAGUGCAGAAUCUGUGAUAAGGAGGAAGUUACUAUGAUCCUCUUUGGCGACGAAGACGACGAUAAUGCUCGGUUUGUGGAGUUAGAGGACUGUAAACACGUGAUUGAAGCGAAUGCCCUGGACCAAUGGAUGAAGACGGAUAGUGGAAGCAAGGAAACGUCAGAGGCGACCUCCAUUAAGCUAAAAGAGUGUCCAUGGUGCACAACGCCGAUCAGACGUAAUCUGCGAUUCGGAAACCUCAUCAAACAAGCACUGAAUGAUAUAAAUGCUGUUAAAAGAAAUAUCUUCGGCGACGAAAACACAAUCCACUAUCUCCGUCGAAACCUACAAGAAAAACUUCGAGAAGUUGAGGAGAACAUGGAUUUUUUCGCCAUCGCAAGCGAUGAGAAACUGUUCCUUCAAACGAUGGAUGCCCGCCGAUUCCACGGCAUGGUCAGUUCGACGUCUGCGUUGAGCCAUGGACAAAUCACCGCUUUGAAAAAUAGAGUCCGUUUUCUGGAGGAAAUGAGAGACGUGGCUGAAGCAUUGCGAUCGCUGCGAUCUCCAUCCCUAAAUCAGCAGUACGUUAAUCAGAUGAAGAGUGAGAUAGUUGUCCUGCAGACUUGGUUGUGCCAAGAACCCAUCAACAGGAUGUCCCAGCAGCAGACCGAUGACGCCAACAGAGAAGCAAAGAGGCUCCACCUAGCCCUGAAUUUCUUCCGGAUCCUGGUCCAGAAACCAGCUGCUCAUGACAAAGCCAGCCAACAGGUAAAGGCCGCCGAGCUUCAACUCUUUGACGGGAAGGCCAUGACUGCCCAGCGUGCAGAUGAGGUCAAAAGUCUACUCAAGAUGAUCGUUUCCAAGUCCGGUGGGUUGGGAAUUAGCGAGAAAGAGAGGAAGGAUAUAGUCGCCGCCAUGGGUCUGGCCAAAGGUCAUUGGUUUAAAUGCCCCAACGGGCAUUUGUACGCCAUUGGGGGAUGCGGUGGGGCCUCACAGACGGGCAAGUGCCCUGACUGUGGUCAAGGAAUUGGGGGCACCAAUCACCGUCUGACAGAUGGCAAUAGGGUUGCUUCAGAGAUGGACGGGGCGCGAUAUGCAGCAUGGUCGGAAGAAGCUAAUAACAUGGCGAAUUUCAACCUGAAUGAUUUGCAUUAGAAUUGAAACUUGAUAGCAUUUGGUGAGCAUACAGGCUGUCCUAAUAUUAUCGCAGACAACUUUAUUUCCCUUCUCCGGUAGUCCUUUCAUUCACUUUUCAUAUUUAAGAUGUUCGGCAUUUCAUUACCAACUGUCGACAUGUAUACCGUCGAACAUUAUAUGAAGUAGAAAUCAACUACACCUUCUCUUGACGUAAUUUCUCAUGAUAUUUUCAAUAGAGAUGCCGUGCUGAUGUUAUCAGAAAGAAACACACAUUGUAAAUUUAAUUAUUUGAAAUCAUUUAAUUUGUGAUGCCUUCGCUACAAAGUAGCUGAAGGCAUUUUGUGUUUGGGUUGUCCGUCCUUCCGUACGU